AUGUUGCCGAUUUCCGACACACAGGAUGUGGAUAUUGCAUGUUCUCAAGCGACAUUGGUCAGGAUCGAAAAGGCAAAACAGCAUUUUGAAUUAUUUUCAAAGUAUUUGGAGCUGCUGUCUUACUUGCCUCCACUUCAGCAUUCACCCUACAGCGUACAAUCUACCAGCGGCAGGGCAUAUAACCCUCUUCAAUCCAUCCGGAACAGGAAAAUCCGCGUACGAGAGAAAAACUCUAGUACCACCGAUUCAGAAGAAUGGCAAGAUGUAUCAAGGGUUGAAAAAUGGCUUUCAUCGGUUGAAGCGGCCCACCAGAAAAACAGCAAUGACCCGUAUCAAUGUGUAGCACUUCCGCCUUUUGAUGGUCACCGUGAAGGCGGAUCAGUGGAACAGCAGGAGUCGUGGCAGACGACGUCGCCACCGUCCAGCGUACGAGGAUUGAAUCGGUCUGGUACGACAAAGGUGCACCGGCGGCGGCUGGACUGGGCCAUUACCCCAGCAGAGCUAUUUGCGGAUACAGUCUGGGUCGAGAGCGGGUCGAACAAGUUGAAAAUUUGUGACAGAGAGGGUGGGAAAUUGUAUCCAGAUUCUUCAAAGCUGAAAUUUACCGGAUCUCGUCCGUCUAUUGAAGGCCUAGAGCCACCUCGACAGAGUGAAACCAUACCAACAGAACAAUCCGUCAAUUUACCAAGCUUUACUACUACUAAGCAUGAUGGACGAGAAAGUCAUGAGCAUUUGGCGAAAGUAUCUAAUGGACAUGCCACACCCCGCAGCCACGUCGGCUAUGCACCCAAAUGGACACGCUCAAGUAGCAUAUCAGGCGACUCGAGCAGUGAUGACAUGGUGCCGCGAGGCAGAACGCGGCGUAUAAGCAGAAAGGCAAAGAUGAAAGCAGAAACUGUUUUGCAGGCCGAGAAAUUGCAUAGAGUACUUCAUGGUCAUUCUGAUUCAUCGAAUGCAGCUUCCAAGCGCUCCAAACCAAUUUCGCAUCCAUCUUCGGUCAAGGCUGAUGUCGACAAGUCCCAGAUGCUGAUAUCACCAGCAGGCAGUGUUACAGGCAAAGAGGAGCGACGAAUGUCUCUUGACGAAAUGGACAGUACCGCGCCGAAUUCCCCGGCUCAGGGCCCGAUAUUCCCAAGCAUUACCGUCAAUCUUUCGCCGCCGUCUAGUCGUUCGCCUUCACCUCAAAAACGGUUCCCACGCAUCAUGGAGACGUUACAUGAAAAAGCAAAACCUCGCCGUCACAUUCACACAGAAGAAGGACUUGACGGAAGUCCUUCGGGCGAUUCAAAUCUACGCAAGAGACCAACGGUUGAUUCUAGUCCCAAGGACAACGUCAGCCCGCGGGCUUUAGAACCGAGCUUCAUGCCUGAAACACCGCUUGGCCACGAUGACAUGCUGCUUGACGAUUUCCGACGAAGCGACACCCAUGGCUCCUUCAAGCCAUAUGGAAGUCACGAGUCGAGGCUCAAAGGCUUCUUGAAAAACAGUCGAAUUGCCGAAAUUGUGGGAAGUGAGGUUUCCAAAGUCGGAGAUAUGAUACGCCGGAAAGACGGGGGUGGGCAUUCACGGCAGUCGUCCUAUGCAUCGAGCAUUGUAUCUGAUCUUCAUGAUUCGGACGAAGAACGGAGCGAAGGAGAAUCGACGCCUAGCAAGCGGAACUCUCUGCGCAGAGGAAGUACGUUCUCAGAUGAGGAAAUUGGUCUGCCGUGGCGCAAGCCGAAUGGACGGACAAAGACAUUCUUGUCUAACCUGCCUACAAUCGGACCAUCUUUUCGCAUCAACGACCAGGAGGGGCCUUAUUAUCAGCAACCAGAGAGCAGCCGGGUCAGUGACGUGCACUUCGUUAGAGCACACCCAGAUCUUGCGCCAUCAUCUGUAGAUGCCACACCCUACAGCGAACGGCGGGGGAGUUACGGAUUUAUACCUCCUUCCAGCAAAGAUCUCAACUCAAAACUCCACAAACACGAUGAUGAAGUCACCACCAACGCUGCCCUCCCCGGAAUCGGACGCUCAGUCCGACCUCCUGUAACCGGACUCGCAAACGCAGAGGCAUCCACAACGACCAACCGCCACCACCGCCCAACCGCAACCACAGGCAGUCACGGCUGGAGCUUAUCAGACCGCAGCGUGCCAACAUUAAGCGAUACAACCCUCCUCCAGAAACGUGAAAUACUGCGCUGUCAAGCUUUACUGCUCUCCUCUGGCGUCAAAGCAAGUGAAAUCGUCCAACGAUACGAAAAGCCUCGCGACCCAUCCCUCACCCCACCACCCCGAUUCCUAAUCCGAAGCCUCGUCGACGCCCAAGCACCCAUUCCACACUCCCUGCCCCGAAUCGACGAGUUCAACUACGCAGCGCGCAACCUCCUCGAACGCCUCGAGAACACAAAAACGGGUCUCAACAAAUCCAUGUACCUCUUCACCAAAUCCACCCUUCUACCCCUGGAAAAGGAGAUCGCUACACUGGAAGACUUCAUCUCAAAUCACCUUACUCCCCGCGUACGCACCGCAGCCCUCGAGGCAGAGGCGCUGAGUACGCGACUCAAUACAACAAGUACACUUGAAAUCAAACAGCUCAGCGAUACCCUCGACAAGGGACUACGAAAACGCAAUCGUCGGCUAAGGUCGAUUAGAAGAAUCGGGUUCUCUUUGUUGGAGUGGACGCUUGUGGGCGUUAUGUGGUGGCUUUGGUUGAUUGUGAUGGUGUUCAAGGUUAUAAGAGGUGUUGGGAAGGGAGUUGUUAAGGGGGUGAGGUGGAUUUUGUGGUUGUAG